AUGUUAAAAUCUUAUCUCAUGAUGUUUAAAAGUAAAAAAAGGUCAUACUUAGAUGAAUACAUGAGAUAUGGAUUUACCUACAUGCUUAAAGAAACCAUUAGCUACCCACAGUGUGUUAUUUGUUAUAAAGUACUAGGAAAUGACUCUGUGAAACCUUCAAAGCUUGCUAUUCACUUGAAUAAGUGCCAUCCUGAUCUCCAAACAAAAGAUACUGAUUUUUUCAAAAGAAAAUUUGAAUCACUGAAGAGAUGCAAAUUGGAUAAAACUGGGAUUAUUUACCAAACUCAACAGAAUAUAGUAGAAGCAUCCUAUAAGGUUUCAUAUAUAAUAGCACAGAACAAAAAAGCUCCCACAUUGGCUGAAGAAGUUAUACUUCCAUGUACUAAAGAAAUCGUUAGAUUAUUAUUUGGAGAAGAAGCUGCAAAGAAGGUAGAUAAUAUAUCUUUAUCAAAUACUACAGUCAAACGGAGGCUAACGGAUAUUUCAUCAAACAUUAAAGAAAAUGUUAUUAAUGAAAUUAAAGAAUCCCCAUAUUUUUCUAUUCAGUUGGAUGAGUCCACAGAUUUUUUCAAUGACAAUCAAUUACAAUGGAAAUAUUUGGUUGGAAUUACUACUGAUGGAGCUCCUGCCAUGAUGGAUUGUAAGUCUGGAUUACAGACUAGGGUGAAAGAGAUUGCUCCAAAUGUAGUUGGUGUACACUGUUUUAUUCAUAGACAGGCUUUGGCAACCAAAACUUUACCAGGUAGUUUGAAAACUGUAUUUAAUCAAUUAGUCAAAAAUGAAGUGAAAGAAUUUUUAUGUCAAAUGAAAAGUGGACUGGUAGAAUAUUUUGAAUUUGAUAAUUUUGAAAUAACAACUACUUAUCUUGUGGACAUCGUAGGUCAUUUUAACAAGUUAAAUUUGCAAUUUCAAGGCAAAAAUGCUAAUGUUAUUACACAUUCAGAUAAACUGAAGGCAUUUAUUGAAAAGCUCAAACUGUACAAGACUAGAAUUAAUAAUGGAAACUUGAUCAUGUUUCAAAAUUAA